AUGGCUGCCAGGCUCUUCAGGCCGCAGCUCUUGCGCAGCUCUAAAGCUGCCCUCGAAUGCUCGGUCUGCGCACAGCGCCGCGCUUCACAGCUAAGUCGCUCCCGACUACAGUCGCCAUUACGACCCUCAAUAUACCGUUCAUAUGCGACUGUAAAUCCGGGAGGUCCGAAGAAGCCGGAGGAUGAAUCCGAUAAAAAAGCUGAGAAGAGUGGCGAUUCGAAGAAGGACGAGCAGACGCUGAAAAAUGAGCUUGGAUCCAACGAUUCAAAGCCGGCCGAAAAGGUAACAGAGGCAGACGUGAAGUCUGAGUCUACGCCCAAGGAGAAACAGUACGACAUGCCGCCCGGCUUCACUCCCUUGACCGAAGAAGAGAUCAAGCAAAUAACCGACAUCACCGACAUGGUCAAGCAAGGGUUGCCCAAGUCUCAGAUUCAGGCAAUUGAUAUGGCUCUUGAGGUCAUGAAGAAGGGUGGCGUUCCGCCUGAACUGCACGAAGUCCUCGAAGACCGCAGGAAGAAUCCCGGAAAGCGUCUUGACCUGGCUACGACUGUUCGCCUGGUCAGUGUAUUCACCAAGAUCUCACGAAAGACUCCCGAAGAGGUCUUCCGAGACUCGUACAAGCAGACACAUGCUAAACCCGAGGACAAGAAAGACGGUGAGCCAGAAUUGUUCGAGCAGUCCAACACACGUGAGGAGGGGCAGAAGAAGAGGAAGCAACGAGGGAAAGAGGAGGAACAAGGCCAGGGCUAUACCUUCAAGGUUGGCAAUCUCAGACUCGACGCAACAACCAUCUUGCUGUCUGCUCUAUUGUCUUUCUACCUCUACCGUGGUGUCUUCCCCUCCGAACAGUCAAGAGACAUUACCUGGCAGGAGUUCCGCUCCACGUUCCUUGACAAGGGCCUUGUGGACAAACUUACCGUUGUGAACCGCAGCAAGGUCCGCGUCGAGGUUCACCGUGAGGCGGUGAACAACAUGUACCCGGAGUCGCCAGCCACUCGGCCCGGCUUCUAUUACUACUUCUCCAUAGGUUCCGUCGAAGCUUUCGAGCGAAAACUUGAUGAGGCACAAGAAGAGCUGGGCAUACCCUCUGGCGACCGGAUCCCUGUCGCUUAUGCUGAUGAAGUACCCAUUGGCGCUGCACUGUUUUCCUUUGGACCUACCCUGCUUUUCAUUGGCGCCCUCUUCUGGAUGUCGCGACGGGCUGCGGGUGGCGCUGGCGGUCAGAGUGGUAUUUUCGGCAUUGGCAAGUCUCGAGCGAAACGCUUCAACCAUGAAACCGAUAUCAAGACCAAAUUCUCCGACGUCGCCGGAAUGGACGAGGCCAAGGUCGAGAUCAUGGAGUUUGUCUCUUUCCUGAAAGAUCCUUCGAAGUACCAGUCUCUGGGUGCAAAAAUUCCUCGCGGUGCAAUUCUGUCUGGUCCCCCCGGUACUGGUAAGACUCUGCUGGCCAAAGCGACUGCUGGCGAAUCUGGGGUGCCCUUCUUUUCGGUGUCCGGCUCCGAAUUUGUUGAGAUGUUCGUUGGUGUCGGUCCUUCCAGAGUAAGAGACUUAUUUGCGAAUGCUCGCAAGAGUACACCUUGCAUCAUCUUCAUCGACGAAAUUGACGCCAUUGGCAAGUCUCGGGCGAAGUCGAAUUUUGGUGGUGGCAACGACGAGCGAGAAUCGACUCUUAACCAGAUCUUAACUGAAAUGGACGGUUUCAACACCUCUGAACAGGUGGUUGUAUUGGCCGGUACGAACAGACCGGAUGUGCUUGACAAGGCUUUGAUGCGUCCUGGACGGUUUGACCGUCAUAUCGCCAUUGAUCGCCCAACAAUGGAUGGUCGCAAGCAGAUAUUUAUGGUGCAUCUGCGCAAGAUCAAGACUGACGUUGAUCUGGAGUAUCUCACUGGUCGUUUGUCGGCACUUACGCCGGGUUUCUCUGGAGCCGAUAUUGCCAAUUGUGCCAAUGAAGCUGCUCUCAUUGCCGCCCGCGCUGACUCAAAGUCAGUGGAGAUGACACAUUUCGAGCAAGCGAUUGAGCGCGUUAUAGGUGGUCUGGAGAAGAAGUCUCUGGUCCUGUCACCGGAAGAGAAGAAAACCGUUGCCUACCAUGAGGCUGGCCACGCUAUCUGCGGAUGGUUUUUCCAGCAUGCCGAUCCCCUGUUGAAGGUUUCGAUUAUUCCCCGCGGCCAAGGCGCACUUGGAUAUGCCCAGUACCUACCUGCUGGUGGCAAUGAUGUCUACCUCAUGAAUGUCAAGCAACUGAUGGACCGGAUGGCUAUGACGCUUGGUGGACGUGUCAGUGAAGAGAUCUGGUUCGAUACCGUGACCAGCGGCGCCUCGGAUGACUUCAACAAGGUGACCCGAAUGGCCACUGCUAUGGUGACUGAGUGGGGCAUGUCUCAGAAGAUCGGUUACCUCAACUACAAAGACGACCAGGAAAAACUACACAAACCUUUCUCGGAGGAAACAGCACGAAACAUUGACCAAGAAGUACGGAGGAUAGUGGACGAGGCAUACAAGCAAUGCAAGGACCUUCUACUUGAGAAGAAGGAUCAAGUACAGGCGAUUGCCGAAGAGCUUUUGAAGAAGGAGAUGUUGGUGCGAGACGACCUGGUGAGAAUACUCGGCCCAAGGCCCUUCGAGGACAAGGGCGAGUUCCACAAGUACUUUGACAACAAGGAAGGCAAGAGUGCUCCACCACCACCUCCGACAGAGCAAGAAGGUCCCUCCGGAGCAGAGCCUGAGAUGCCAGCUCCGGCAUUCAAGCGUGUCGAGCAGCCUCGACUAUAG